UAGAACGGUUUACAUUAAAUGGACUGCAUAGUCACGUGAUGCUACUACGUCACAUGUAAACCAGGGGGAAGAUGGCGGCCGCCGGAGGAGAGCCUUCCACUGAAAAUGUGUCAGAUGAAUUAUUUCAAAACUUUUACACGGAGGUGAAGCAGAUUGAAAAGAGAGACUCUGUGUUAACUUCCAAGCAGCAGAUUGACAGACUGCUCAGACCUGGCUCGUCCUACUUCAACCUCAAUCCCUUUGAGGUGCUGCAAAUUGAUCCGGAGGCAACUGAUGAUGAAUUGAAGAAAAGAUUUCGGGCGUUGUCCAUUUUGGUCCAUCCAGACAAAAAUCAGGAUGAUCCAGACAGAGCACAGAAAGCCUUUGAAGCUGUGGACAAGGCGUACAAACUCCUGCUGGAGCCAGAGCAGAGGAAGAGAGCCUUAGAUGUGAUCCAUGCAGGACAGGAAUAUGUGGAGCAUAUCGUAAAGGAGAAAAGGAAACAGCUGAAGAAGGAUGGAAAGCCGUUAUAUGUGGAGGAAGAUGACCCUGAAGUGUUUAAGCAAGCUGUGUACAAACAGACCAUGAAGCUGUUCGCAGAGCUUGAAAUCAAGAGGAAGGAAAGGGAAGCUAAGGACAUGCAUGAAAGGAAAAGGGCAAGAGAGGAAGAAAUCGAGGCAGCAGAGAAAGCAAAGCGGGAGAGAGAAUGGCAGAAAAACUUUGAGGAAACAAGAGAUGGGCGUGUGGACAGUUGGAGGACCUUCCAGGCCAAAGGCAAGAAGAGCAAGGAGAAAAAGAACAGGUCCUUCCUCAAGCCCCCGAAAGUCAAGAUGGAACAGAGGGAAUGAUGUUGUAAAGCUGGACUUUGUUAGAAUAAACCCACUGUUGUUAAAAAAAACAGUUCUGUGUGUUAUCACCUCUUCGUCUACAGUCAACUUUGAAGUCGUUGUUCCACAGUCAUCGAGAUACUUCCUCAUCCUGACCCUGACAAACAUAGUUUUGUACUUGGUUUUUCUAAUGUACAUAUUUGUGAUCUGGACCCAGAGAUCAUACUCUCCUCAUGUAAGAAAGAGAAAUGCUGCAUCUUACAGUUCUGUAACUGAUGAGAAAAAUGUGGUUUGUCAUUGUUUUUUUCUUUUUGUUUUUAUAACUAAAUAAAGCUUGGUCCGAACAAGCCUA